AUGGAAUUGAGUAAUUUUGGUGCAACGAAAAAAAUGUCACGCGAGGAAAGGCGUUACUCAGUGCCACAUGGACCCAACUCACCAUUACCGCAUGCAGCGUCCGAAGACUUGCACGCAUGGUCAAUAUACAGGCAAAAUUUAAAUUCGGAUUUUACCGAUUCAGCUUUGGGCUCCUCUGACAAAUCACCGCUGCCAUAUGGAAAUUUUCAAUUACGCGAUUCCACAGUACAAUCAAUACUCAAUCAUCCGCGCUAUGGUCCCAAAUCACCAUUGGGCUCUAAUAUGUACACAUAUCUGAAAUUUGGUUUACCCCGAGUCUUCCCACCGAAUGCUGGGUCACAACGUUCUCAUCGACCCGGUCCGGGUCCUGGUGGUGCCCGAGGUGGUCCCAGUAGUGGUGGUGUUAGUGGCCGUAUUAAUCGUGGUUUUCGUGACAGUUCAGCUGGACCAACGGCCGGUUCGUCGGGUUAUGACAGCAGUGACAACGAAACGACUCGCAGUCGUGGACCACCGAAUUUGAGAAAAUACCGUAGCGAAUCGGAUUUUCGUGCCAUUGGUGGUAUACCCUCAUCACGUCCCGAUUCUCGUGCGCAAGGCAUACCAAUGUCCGCCCUUAGACAAGCUAACAGUCGAGCUAGUAUAGCGGUCGGAACCCAUGUAAAUAGCCAUCAUCCCCAACAUCAUCACAUGCCCAAUGGCAAACAUUAUGGCCAUCGUUCACAUAGUGAAGCGGAUCUUUUGGCCAGUGCUGGCGGCAAUGAUGUCUACGAUUAUGGCGGCGGUGGCGCGGAGUCACGAAUCUAUGGUACUUCAAGAAAUCGCCAUCAUCACAUGGAACAUGCCAAUGGCGGUAGUCAUAUAUCAAAUUAUGGUGGUGUGUCACAACGUAAACGUUCCGAAAUAGGAUUGGUCUAUCCCAAUAUCCAGGUUCAUUGUUUAGAUGUCAACCCCUGUUUGCGAGGUGUAUCACUGCAGGCUAAGGCGGGAGAUUUAUUUGCCAUUAUGGCGACAUCACAAAAAGAGGGCACAGCAUUGACCGAAUGUUUGGCUGGGCUAAAUGAACGGAUCGGCGGAGAGAUACUCAUCAAUGGUCAACAGAUAAAUCGUCGCGGUCUAAGGGAAUUGUGUAGUUAUGUGCCUGCUUUAAAUGUCUCCUCACUGGAUCCGAGAAUGAGUGUCCAGUGUACAUUGAAUUUCCAUGCUACGCUGAGGGGUCCAAUGGAUAGAAGUGAUUUAAAGGAGAGGAUGGAUGUCCUUAUUGAGGAUUUGGGUUUGACCACAGUACGUGCCUCCAAUGUUUCCUCGUUAACGCAUUCGGAAAAACAACGCCUUAGCGUGGCCUGCCAGCUAUUGGCCCAGUCAUCGAUUUUAAUUUUGGAUCAAGUCACAUCAAAUAUGGAUAUAUUCGAUACCUUCUUCUUGGUCGAAUAUUUACGUCAAUGGUGCAGCGGUGGUCGGAUAGUUAUAAUGACCCUCCAACCACCCACAUUUGAAAUAUUGUCCAUGUGUUCGGGUGUCCUGCUGUUGUCCGGAGGACGUACCGUGUUCUCCGGCAGUCGUUCAGAUUUGCCAAGACACAUGGGGGAGCUGGGUUAUCCAUGUCCGCCCUUCAAGAAUCCAGCGGAUUAUUACUUGGAUUUGGUCACCUUGGAUGAUCUGUCAGCUGCCGCUCUGCUCGAAUCUUCAGCACGCAUCGAGUCAUUGGCAAAUUCCUGGGAUCAAAUUAACUCGGAACCUCCCUUGGCCGCACCACCGGCAGCCUUGCCAAAUUUUGUACGCAAAGCAGGGUUCUUUGGUCAAAUGAAAGCUCUGGUGAAACGUUUUGCUGCCUAUAAACAACCCGGCUCUCUACUCACCUGGAUAAGUAAACUAAUAUCGGCGGCCGUGCUCUCCCUGUGUAUCGGCUGUAUAUUUUGGGAUGUACCCGCCUCAGAUCCCCAACUAACAUAUAACGAUCGUUUGGGUUAUCAUCAUUGUGUCAUGGCGUUAAUGUAUUGGCCUCUGCUAAUGUUAACCAUUAGGGAUACCCAAGAAGAUCGUCGUCAUGCCGAAAGAGAUUUACGAUUGGGAUUAUACUCAAGAUCGUUAUAUAUUAUAGUACAGAAUCUGGCUGGUCUCUUCCCUAGCUUAUGUAUCUGGUUGGCAUAUUUGCUCCCAGCCCAUAGCAUGGCCGGUUUGUAUACCUACAGUACCAGCAGUGAUACUGGCAUAUAUCUAUAUAUGGGUUACAUGCUGCUGUACCUGACGGUCAUACAAACCCUGGCAAUAUUCUGUGCUCACCUAAUGCCCAGCAAAGUGGCAUCGACAAUUUUAAAUACUCUCAUCUCUUUGGGUCUUACCGCUGUCGGUGGUUAUUCUGUACAUCCAAAGAAUAUUUCAAAGAUAUGGGCAUGGUCGGAAUUGAUAUCACCGGAAAAAUGGUUAUUACCUGUUCUGGUACAAGAUGAAUAUAGUGCCGAGACAUUGGCCAAUUCGGCAGGACUGCAGUUAUGUCGUAAUAAACAGGUGCAACAUCAAGAAAUUAUAGUACAACAACCCUGUCCACCACCGAACGGUACCCAAGUGCUAGUCGAUUUUCAAUUACUGCCACAAGAUCAUAAAUUGGAUCCCACCUUCACGUACGAUCAGACCACAACGGUGGCCCUGGUCUUGGCAUCGAUUGUUAUCUUCGUCGUGACAUUCCUUGCGUUUGUUUGCAACUGUCGCAAUUUAUUCUGUAAGAAAACGAAAAAAUCCUUCAGAGAUAGACUUUGA